CCGUGGCCCCCCGCUGCCCUCCCGCCUGAGGGGCGCCCGCGCCGCCGCCGCCACCAUGAAGAAGCAAUUCAACCGCAUGCGCCAGCUCGCCAACCAGACCGUGGGCAGGGCUGAGAAGACAGAGGUUUUGAGUGAAGAUCUCCUGCAGGUGGAGAAGCGCCUGGAGCUGGUGAAGCAGGUCUCCCACAGCACCCACAAGAAGCUGACAGCAUGUCUGCAGGGCCAGCAAGGCGUGGAUGCUGACAAGCGCUCGAAGAAGCUGCCGCUGACGACACUGGCACAGUGCUUGAUGGAGGGGUCAGCUGUUCUGGGCGAUGACUCCCUGCUAGGGAAGAUGCUGCGGCUGUGCGGGGAGGCAGAGGACAAGCUGGCUCAGGAGCUCAUCCACUUCGAGCUGCAGGUGGAGAGGGACGUCAUCGAGCCCCUCUUCGUGCUGGCUGAGGUGGAAAUCCCAAAUAUCCAAAAGCAGAGGAAGCACUUGGCAAAGCUCGUGCUGGAUAUGGACUCCUCCAGGACAAGGUGGCAGCAGUCCGCCAAGUCCUCGGGUUUGGCCAGCAACCUGCAGCCCUCGGGUGCCAAAGCCGAUGCCCUCAGGGAGGAGAUGGAGGAGGCGGCCAACAGAGUGGAGAUCUGCAGGGACCAGCUCUCCGCUGACAUGUACAAUUUUGUGGCCAAAGAAGUAGACUAUGCAAACUAUUUCCAAACGCUCAUCGAGGUGCAGGCCGAAUACCACCGGAAAUCCCUAGCACUGCUGCAGAGCGUCCUGCCUCAGAUUAAAGCCCAGCAGGAGGCAUGGAUGGAAAAGCCCUCCUUCGGGAAGCCCUUGGAGGAGCACCUGGCCGUCAGUGGGAGGGAGAUCGCUUUCCCUGUGGAGGCAUGUGUGACGAUGCUCCUGGAGUGCGGCAUGCAGGAGGAGGGUCUUUUCCGAGUAGCUCCCUCGGCCUCCAAGCUGAAGAAGCUCAAAGCUGCCCUGGACUGCUGCGUGGUGGACGUGCAGGAGUACUCGGCUGACCCACAUGCCAUUGCAGGAGCCCUCAAGUCCUACCUGCGAGAGCUGCCAGAACCCCUCAUGACAUUUGAGCUGUAUGAGGAGUGGAUCCAGGCCUCCAACAUCCCAGAGCAGGAGAAGCGGCUGCAGGCUCUCUGGAACACCUGCGAGAAGCUGCCCAAAGCCAACUACAACAACAUCAGGUACGUGAUUAAAUUCCUGGCCAAGCUGACCGAGUACCAGGACAUGAAUAAAAUGACACCGAGCAAUGUGGCCAUCGUGCUGGGGCCCAACCUCCUUUGGCCACAGGCGGAUGGGAACAUGACAGAGAUGAUGACGACCGUCUCACUGCAGAUCGUGGGCAUCAUUGAGCCACUCAUCCAGCAUGCCGACUGGUUCUUCCCUGGAGACAUUGAGUUCAACGUGACGGGCAACUACGGCAGUCCCAUGCACAUCAACCACAAUGCCAACUACAGCUCCAUGCCCUCCCCAGACAUGGACCACGCAGACCGCCGGCAGCAUGACCAGGCACGGCGGCCCCUUAGCGUGGCCACAGACAACAUGAUGCUGGAGUUUUACAAGAAGGAUGGCAUGGGUGUCAGGGUGAUGGACACCUCGUGGGUGGCUCGUCGAGGCACGUCUUCGGCGCGCAAGGCGGCCUCCACCCCCCCAGCCGCGCAGCCACCUGCACCGCCCUCAGAGCUGCCCCCCACGCCCCACUCACCCAUUCCCGAGCAAGCACUGGACACGUCCGCUACCCCUUCCCCACCUCCCACCAGCUUUGGAUUCCCCCCAGGAGCUGAGCGGACAAGCACUCUCGGACCCCCGGAGCCCCCCCCCGGGGCCGGGCAGCUCCACGGCAGCCCCGGGCCGGUUCCGACCGAGCAGAGCCCGCUCGCCCCGCGCAAAGUGGCCAAGAAGCUGGCGCCCAUCCCGCCGCGGGCGGCCGCGGGGGAGCCGGGGGGGGGGCAGCCGUCCCCCGGCAGCCUCUCCCCCACCCCCCCCAGCACCCCCGCCGCGUUCGGCCCCGCCGCCCCCCCCGGGCCCUGCCCGCCGCCCCACCGAGCAGGGACAAGCGGUGACAUCCCUGGUGGUGGCACUACCAUGGUACCAGCCCUGGCGGGGUGUCCUACUGCCGAGCUCCCGCUGUGGUGUCCGCCAUCACUCUGCCCUCCUGCAGGUCUGCUCCGUUUUGAGGUCCCCUCCCUCCACGUCCCCCCAGAUGCCGCCCUGUGCCGGGACCUGCCGGAGGCACCACAGAGACUCUCGGGGCCAGGCCCAGCCACCCGGCCAGAGGAGGAGGAGGAAUCGGAGAGCACAGCCCUAUGACAGUGUCCCUGUCCCCAAGCUCAUCCUUGCAUCACCCAGGGGCCAGCACUGGCUGUCGGCACCAAGUGUCCCUGGCACGGCAGUUUUGUGUGGCAAAGUGUCCAGUUUGGGGGCAGUCGCUGUUUUUGAGUUCAGUUUUUUUUUCGCCUUAUCCAGACUUUGCCUUUCAACAGGGUGCCUGCCCCCCCCUCCCCUGCCCCGCAGCACCCAUGGUCCUGGGGUGAUGCCACCAUCUCCUCCGUGCCCUGAUGGUGGGUACCACUGGGUACCAGCCAGGUGACAAUGAGCUCGAUGGUGCUUUGCAGUGGGAUUUCAUUUCUUCAGCUUCUGCCCCCUCCACUUGUUUGCUGGAGCAGGACGGGACCUGAUCAGCAAUAACAGGACGUGCCCCCCUCAGGCUUUUGGGGUGCCACAGGGGAAGGGCACGUGUCCCUUGGCACCCACUGUCCCUGUGGGCUGGUGGCUUUGGUUGUGCAUGCAAAGACAAAUUAACCUUUUAUCCUUCCCAGAGAGAUAAGAGAUAUAUAUCUAUAUCAGCAGAGAUACAUAUACUAUAUAUUUGUAUCUAUAGAGAGAAAAAAAUAUAGAGAUUUGUUUUAUUUGGAGCCGUUCUUGCCCACCCA